CGGCGGGCCGAGGGCGUUCGUUGGCAGGUGUCGGGGCGGGUGGCGGCGGGCGAUGGGACAACUGGCGCUGCUGCUGCUCGCGCUGUGCGCAGCUGGCGCCCGGGGCCUCUACUUCCACAUCGGCGAGACCGAGAAGCGCUGCUUCAUCGAGGAGAUCCCCGACGAGACCAUGGUCAUCGGGAACUACCGCACCCAGAUGUGGGACAAGCAGAAGGAAGUCUUUCUGCCCUCGACCCCGGGCCUGGGCAUGCACGUGGAGGUGAAGGAUCCCGAAGGCAAGGUGGUGCUGUCCCGGCAGUAUGGCUCGGAGGGCCGCUUCACCUUUACUUCUCACACUCCCGGUGACCACCAGAUCUGCCUGCAUUCCAACUCCACCAGGAUGUCCCUCUUUGCUGGCGGCAGACUGCGUGUGCACCUAGACAUCCAGGGUGGGGAGCAUGCCAACAACUACCCCGAGAUUGCCGCCAAGGAUAAACUGACAGAACUGCAGCUCCGAGCUCGACAGCUGCUUGAUCAGGUGGAGCAGAUCCAGAAGGAGCAGGAUUACCAGAGGUAUCGUGAGGAGCGCUUCCGUCUUACCAGCGAGAGCACCAACCAGAGGGUCCUGUGGUGGUCAAUUGCUCAGACGGUCAUCCUCAUCCUCACUGGAAUCUGGCAGAUGCGUCACCUCAAAAGCUUCUUUGAGGCCAAGAAGCUGGUGUAGUAUCCUCUCCAUCCGAUCCUCCCGUCACAUCAAUUUUUGGUACUUUCCCCACCUGAUAACUUCUCCACCUGGAUUUUGAGGGAAAAAAAAAUGAAAAAAGACCACAAGCCACAUUGUUUCCAUGGCAACAAAGCAUUCGCGUCAGCCACUUGUGCACACUGGUUCUCAAGAACCCAGGACAUUGGUCUGAGUUUCCAAAGGUCCAUUUGGGGUCUGUUUGGAGUCGGAACUGACCCGGGACUUAGUCUUGGGUCUUUUAUAUCCAGGGAUUCCCCCCCAUCCUGGCACAAAAAGAGCAAGUGAAAAAGUGUCUGCUACCCCUUUAAUUUCUCUCUAUUUCUGCAGUAGGCAGCUGAAACGCCCAGCCAGGGGCGGCCCUGCCUCCCUAUUCCCUUGUUAGUCCUGGGUUUGCUCAGUGGCUUUGUGAAUGUAAAUAAGGGGCAGAGGCCUCAGAGAAUUGCAAUGUUUUUCUAUAUAUUAGAACUAUUUUUUGAUAAAUUAUAUAUAUUUUACUUCCUAGUUGAAGUGUUCCUGCCUGUGUUUGACUAGGUGAAAACACCCAUGCAGCUUCCCCUUCGCUGUUUCUCCAAACAGUUUUAAGGGCCGCAGCAGCUCACAGACAUCAUAGGUGCUCUCACUGCCUCCCCAGGCGGCUGGGCAGAGACUUCCCUGAGGCACCUGCGAUUUCCAUCACGCAGGGUCUCUGAGAGUGAGGCAGUCACAGAGCUAGCCCCGGCGGGGCCCUCCUACCCUCUUCUUUUCACUUUGAUUUAAGCCAUGGUAAAUGUUUUUUCGCAGGAGCCACGUUUGGUUCUUCACACAGAUUUUUCCAGUGAAAUAAAAUGUGUUGUAGUAGCUGUGUUUGAAAUGAAGUAAGAGGUGGUGAGCAGAGGGGAGGCACGAAAGGAAGUGGAAGAAAGGCCCUUGGCCUUGCUGGCUCCCGUGCUGUCCCACAGUGGGCUUCAGUGUGGCCUCAUUCUGCAGGGGUUUGGCCGGAUGGGUGUCCAUGGGUGUGGGACGGACAGGGCAGUUGCUC